AUGCUUCUAGCUCGCGUGCCGCCAUUUUGGCUGCAUCCCAUCGCUGAUCCAGUAGUAGAUAGUACCCUUUGGCGGCAUGUGCGGUUGAGCAUCAUGCCGAGUUGGUCGUUCAAGAUAGCACAGCAAGCCCAUGGCCACACCGUUCUCGGAUUCGCUGGCAGCAAGACAUGCCUCGAGACUCCUGGUCCCGGAGCUUACAAUCCAUACCCCUUCAUGAAUCCGACGGUCCAUCGCACGACCAGCGGUCGUCACUUUCCGGACCGCGCGCCGGGCUUCCGCAAUGUAGUCGACAGAAUGCCAGCGGCAUGGCGACCAGAGCCAAUGUCACUCUCCAGACCGCAGAGUGAGCAGCCGCUGGUGCACUACGCAUCUGCCACAUUCUGGGCUUGGCCUGAGCAGCGCCGGCGGACCGCAGCAGCAUUGAGGCACGAGCGCCAGAUGAACGACUUGACAUCCAAAAGCACAGGUGCUUCCUCCAAGGAGGAUUCGGGUGCUGCAGAUUGGCACGAGGACCUUAUGCACCAGGGCAACAACGUGCCUCGAGAAUCUCGAGAUCCGGCGUGGGGAUCGCUUGGUAGGUCGCGCAGUGCUUCGGCCCUCAGAUCGCUUUAG